GCGUCUCUGGGCAGCAUGGAGAGCGCGGGUCCUGCGACGUGUGGGGGCCACAUGCCUGGCUUCCUACGUGCCCUUCAGACCCGGAGCCGAGGCGAGGCGGCGCGGGCACGGGUGCAGGAGCAGGACCUAAGGCAGUGGGGCCUGACAGGGAUUCAUCUACGUUCUUAUCAACUGGAGGGAGUCAACUGGCUCGCCGAGUGCUUCCAUGGUCAGAAUGGCUGCAUCCUGGGAGAUGAGAUGGGCCUGGGUAAGACCUGCCAGACUAUUGCUCUCUUCAUUUACUUGGCAGGAAGAUUAAAUGAUGAAGGACCAUUUCUGAUUCUUUGCCCCUUGUCCGUUUUGAGCAACUGGAGAGAAGAGAUGGAGAGAUUUGCUCCAGGUCUUUCCUGUAUAACGUAUGCAGGUGACAAGGAGGAGAGAGCCCAUCUACAGGAAGAUCUAAAGCAAGAGUCACAUUUUCAUGUGCUGCUAACUACCUAUGAGAUUUGCUUGAAAGAUUCAUCAUUUCUAAAAUCCUUCCCUUGGAGUGUUCUUGUUGUGGACGAAGCUCACAGGUUGAAAAACCAAAGCUCCUUGCUGCAUAAGACACUUUCAGAGUUCUCAGUAGUCUUCAAUCUCCUGUUGACCGGAACUCCCAUCCAGAACAGCCUCCAAGAGCUCUACUCUCUCCUCAGUUUUGUGGAGCCUGAUCUCUUUCCCAAGGAGCAGGUGGGAGAUUUUGUUCAGCAUUACCAGGAUGUUGAGAAGGAGUCUGAGUCAGCAAGUGAACUACACAAACUCUUGCAGCCAUUUCUGUUGAGGCGGGUGAAAGCUGAGGUAGCUACAGAACUUCCCAAGAAGACAGAGGUAGUGAUAUACCACGGCAUGUCAGCAUUGCAGAAAAAAUACUACAAGGCCAUUUUGAUGAAAGACCUAGAUGCAUUUGAAAAUGAGAUGGCAAAGAAAGUUAAACUUCAGAACGUCUUGUCCCAGCUUCGAAAGUGUGUGGAUCACCCAUAUCUGUUUGAUGGUGUGGAACCAGAGCCUUUUGAAAUUGGAGACCACCUGAUUGAGGCCAGUGGGAAACUUCAUCUACUGGAUAAGCUGCUUGCAUUCCUGUAUUCCAGGGGCCAUCGAGUUUUACUUUUCUCCCAGAUGACCCAGAUGUUGGAUAUUCUCCAAGACUACAUGGACUAUAGAGGGUACAGCUACGAGCGUGUGGAUGGGUCUGUGAGAGGAGAAGAGAGACACCUGGCCAUUAAGAACUUCGGACAGCAGCCCGUUUUUAUUUUUCUCCUGAGUACCAGGGCAGGAGGAGUUGGCAUGAACUUAACGGCUGCAGAUACCGUUAUUUUUGUCGACAGUGAUUUCAAUCCGCAGAAUGACUUGCAGGCAGCUGCCAGGGCUCAUCGAAUUGGCCAGAACAAGUCUGUUAAAGUUAUUCGGCUGAUUGGCCGAGACACUGUGGAGGAAAUAGUCUGUAGGAAAGCAGCCUCCAAACUGCAGCUUACCAACACAAUCAUAGAGGGAGGCCAUUUUACUCUGGGGGCCCAGAAACCUGCAGCGGAUGCUGAGCUCCAGUUGAGUGAGAUACUCAAAUUCGGUUUGGAUAAAUUGCUGUCAUCUGAGGGGGGCACCAUGGAUGAAAUAGAGCUGGAGACGAUCCUGGGAGAAACAAAAGAUGGCCAGUGGAUCUCUGAUGCCUUGCCUACAACAGAAGGAGGAGUCAGGGAGCAGGAGGAAGGCACAGAUGACUCUGGUCGCUGGGGCAGAGGUGGUUUAUUCACAGCUUUGGAAACACGAUCUGCUGAGCCACGAAAAAUAUAUGAGCUGGCUGGGAAAAUGAAAGACUUGAAUUUGGGAGGCGUCCUUUUAUUUCCUAUUGAUGAUAAAGAGUCAAGAAACAAAGGGCAAGAUUUGUUGGCCUUGAUUGUGGCUCAGCACCGUGAUCGCUCCAAUGUUCUGUCUGGCAUUAAGAUGGCAGCCCUAGAAGAGGGCCUGAAGAAGAUCUAUUUAGCAGCAAAGAGAAAGAAAGCGAGUGUUCAUCUUCCACGCAUUGGACAUGCCACGAAAGGUUUUAACUGGUAUGGUACUGAGCGACUGAUUCGGAAACACUUGGCUGCAAAAGGCAUCCCAACUUACAUCUACUACUUUCCUAGAAGCCAGGCAGCUCUUCUUCAUCCACAGUCCUCUUCUUCCUCGGGACAGAUGGUGCCUUAACAGUUGGCCAGUGUCACAGGCAGCAUUCAGCAAGCAGUUAAUAUUUGCCCAGAGCUACUGAAUUAGAGUGUUUCAAAAAGGAGUCCAGAUCUGGUGGGCCUCUGAGAAACUGUGUUUUCUGAAUUCUCAUUUUGUUCUCCAGGAUGUGUUACUCUGAUUUGGUACCUGUAAUACAGGGAUGCACACCUUAAUUGGGAAAGUCCUCUGGCACUUUGCCAGGGCUCCAGUUUGCAUAGUUACUUGCAUAAUAAAUUUUCUGUCUGUAAUGGU